UCCACUGCCGGCAGCCGAACUGUGAACAACAGAACAAAAUAGGAAAUUCUGUAAGGGUCUAAUUCUAAGCAAAGCAAACCAACUUCUUAAACAUGUCUUCUUCUGAUGAAUCCCCUUCUGGUGGCGAUGGUGGCGAUGGAGCUGGAUCCGGUGGAACGGCGGGCUCGACCACGGCUGGUGCCGCUUUGAUGAUGGCCAGCCCUUGGCUGACGGUGGCCGCUGCCGCCGCCUACACCACCACUGCCAUGUGGGUCAAGCUGCGUGACUUGGGGAUCUUCAAGAGUUUGUGUGGUCGCAAGGCAGCUGCCGCUGCCGCAGCCGCUGCCGCAGCUUCGGUGGCAACAGACGCUGAGGACUCUUCGCUUGAGUUGCUGCAAGAUCUGGAGCUGCAGCAGCGUGAAGAAAAGGAGGGUCUGGGACCCGAUCGAAUACUCGAGAUGUCGCCCAUUGACUGUUAAAUUGGGUGGCAGACAGGAUGAGGACACGAAUCAUACACUGAACCAAUCCCACACUCGCACACUCAUGCAUACACCACACACCUAUACACACACACACACACACACACACAGACAUGUAAUUGUAAUAAUUGUUGUAAUGCUUGCGCGUUCCAAAGGGGAUGUACAAGAAAGGAGAAUCACACACAACGCCAAACAACAAAUUGAGACAAAGCAAAAUUAAUUGUGAUUACCACACACGAUGAUGCCUGUUAAGCCUCCUCGAAUGACAAGACAAAAGAAU